ACCAAAUCGACAACCCAAACUUAGAUCCAGCGACAGUUUCGACGAGCGAGGGAGCUAGCGUUUCGACGAGAGAUCCAUCGAUCCACACAUCUCAUAUAGGUACGUACGUAGUCCUCUCGCCUUCAAUUCGCGUCGUCAUGAGGAUCAUGGCGGCGGCAGCGCUACUGCUGCUGCUGGUGUCGCUGGCGCCUGGCGGCGGCGGCGGCGGCGCCCACGAGCAACACAUCGGAAAGGUGGGAGAGGACGAGGAGCGAGGAGAAGGAGCGGAUCUUCAUGGAGUGGAAGGCCAGGCACGGGCACGGCACAACCAACAGCUCCCUGACCGAGGUGGAGGAGGAGCACCUGCACGCCAUGUUUAUGAAGGACUUCUGCGACAUCGACCAGCUGGAGCACCGGUACACCAUAUUUAAGGAGGCCCUCCGCGACAUCGACCAGCACAACGCUGGCUACGCCAUCGGGGUCUACAAUAACAACCGAUGCAUCGACCAGUUCAGCCAUCUCAUCCAAGAGGAGUACGAACUACGAAGCCGUCUGCUGCGGGUACUGGGAGGUGAUGCCGUCCGAGGCCGAAUUACAGAGGGUGGGCGAGAUCCAGGAGCGCUUGUGGCAGGCAUUUACUCAUCGGUUAAUUUAAUUCUUGGUUGACAGGAAAUUUACUGGAUUGCUUUUUUAUGGCUCAUCAAGCAUCUCCAAUGUUUUCUAUACCAGCAAAAAGUAGAGGAUCUUUUUUAACAUCAAAGUAGAUGGUUUUCUCAUAGAU